AUGUCGGGAUCAGGCCCAGCCAUGGCAUCACUAGAGCCAGGCCUCACGGGGUCCCUGAACCAGGGCCAAGCCCAGACUUAUGGCACCGGCGGGAGCCCCAUGCCCCGGCAGCGCCCUGACACCCGGGACCAGACCCACCUGGACAAGCUCAUCAGCAUCCCCAAGGAUGGAGGGCCUGGUUUCAGCUUUAGGAAACUCUGGGCUUUCACCGGUCCUGGUUUCCUCAUGAGCAUCGCUUACCUGGACCCUGGCAACGUGGAGUCGGACCUGCAGUGUGGGGCAGUAGCAGGGUUCAAGCUGCUGUGGGUGCUGCUCUGUGCCACCAUCCUGGGGCUGCUGUGCCAGCGCCUGGCGAUCCGGCUGGGCGUGGUGACGGGGAAGGACCUGGCUGAGAUUUGCUACCUCUAUUACCCCAAGGUGCCCCGCGUGCUGCUGUGGCUCACGAUCGAGCUGGCCAUCAUCGGCUCCGACAUGCAGGAGGUGAUCGGGACAGCCAUCGCCUUCAGCCUGCUCUCGGCUGGCCGCAUCCCCCUCUGGGGUGGGGUCCUCAUCACCAUCGUGGACACCCUCUUCUUCCUCUUUCUCGACAAGUAUGGGCUCCGCAAACUAGAGGCUUUCUUUGGCUUUCUCAUCACCAUCAUGGCCCUGACCUUUGGCUACGAGUAUGUGGUGGCGAGACCGAAUCAGGUGGAGGUGUUGAAGGGCAUUUUCCUGCCCUACUGCCCAGGCUGCGGGCGAGAGGAGCUGCUCCAGGCUGUGGGCAUUGUUGGUGCCAUCAUUAUGCCCCAUAAUAUCUUCCUCCACUCCUCCUUGGUCAAGACACGUGCGAUUGACCGGUCCAAGAAGGAGGCAGUGCAGGAGGCCAACAUGUAUUUCCUGACUGAGUCCUGCCUGGCCCUCUUUGUCUCUUUCCUCAUCAACCUCUUUGUCAUGGCUGUCUUUGGUGAGGCGUUCUACCACCAGCAAAACAAGGACGUGCACAACAAAUGCAUCAACAGCAGCAUCAGCAGCUACGCCAGCAUCUUCCCUGACAACAACGAGACGGUCUCUGUCGAUAUCUACCAGGGAGGUGUCAUCCUGGGCUGCUAUUUUGGGGCAGUGGCACUGUACAUCUGGGCCAUCGGGAUCCUGGCAGCAGGGCAGAGCUCCACAAUGACCGGGACCUACGCGGGACAGUUCGUCAUGGAGGGCUUCCUGCAGCUCCGCUGGUCCCGCUUCGCCCGGGUGCUCUUCACCCGCUCCUUUGCCAUCCUGCCCACCGUGUUUGUGGCUGCCUUCAAGGACGUCAGCCACCUCACAGGCAUGAACGACCUGCUCAACGUCCUCCAGAGCAUCCUGCUGCCCUUUGCCGUCCUGCCCGUCCUCACCUUCACCAGCCUGCGCCCACUGAUGCAGGACUUCACCAACAGCCUCCCCUGGAAGGUGCUGAUGACCCUUAUCACAGCGCUGGUCUGCACCAUCAACAUCUACUUCGUGGUGGAUUUUCUGCCCUCGCUGCAGAGCCUGGGGUACUACAUCCCCCUGAGCCUGCUGCUGGCUGCCUACGUGGCCUUUGUUGCCUAUCUGAUCUGGACAUGCAGCAUCGCGCACGGAGCCAGGUUCCUUGCACACGGCCACCACAGCCGCUUCAGCUUCGGCGUCUCUGUGGAGGGACCUCUCGUCUCCGGACCUCAUUUCCCAGAGGUGUCACCGGUGGGCAUGUGCUGUGCCCCGUUGUGUCCCACGCUGGCAGAGGCCUAG